CCAAUCAGAGAAAAGAGACAAUGACUUUGGCUCUGUCAUGUGAUCAGCUUUGUCCAAUCACAGCUGAUCGCAUGGCACUGAUGAUCAGCACCCUGAUGAUCAGUGUAGCCCCAUCAGUGCCACCUGUCAGUGCCCAUCAAUGCCACCUGUCAGUGCCCAUCAGUGCCCAUCAAUGCCACAUAUCAGUGCCUACCAGUGCACAUCAAUGCCACAUAUCAGUGCCCAUCUGAGCUGACUUUCAGUGCCAGUCAGUGCCACCUAUCAGUACCAGUCAGUGCCGCUUAUGAGUGCUGCCAAUCAGUGCCACCUAUCAGUGCACGUCAGCGCCGCCUAUCAGGGUCAGUCAGUGCCACCUAUCAG